GUUUUUGUAUUUGUCGUUGUGUUUGUAUCCCAACUUAGUUUAUUUAGCGUGCGGUCAGUGCAGCUGAAAGCUCAUGAUAUUACCGGACCGAUGUCCGGUUAACUGUGGUAGCGAGCCGCUGACAAACAAAGCUACAUCUCUAGCCACAAUUGUGGCAUCAUGUCUGACAAAAGUGAGUUGAAAGCAGAGCUUGAAAGGAAGAAGCAACGCUUGGCACAAAUCAGAGAGGAGAAGAAGAGGAAGGAGGAGGAACGGAAGAAGAAAGAGGCAGAUCAGUUGAAAGAUGCUGCAGUUCAUCAAGAUGACUCUGACCUGGAGAAAAAAAGGCGUGAGGCUGAUGCCCUGCUGCAGAGUAUGGGCAUAACUCCAGAGGUUCCUGUUGUCCCUCCUCCCAUGUCUCCAACUGCCAAAUCAGCGGGCACGCCAAGUGAGGCAGGGAGCCAGGACUCUGAUGGAGCCGUGGGGCCCAGGACUCUGCACUGGGACUCUGAUCCGUCCACCCUUCAACUUCACUCUGAUUCUGAGCUGGGGCGAGGAACUCCAAAACUGGGAAUGGCCAAAGUCACACAAGUGGACUUCCUUCCACGUGAGAUUGUGUCAUACACAAAAGAGACCCAGACUCCCGUCAUGGCCCAGCAAAAAGAAGAGGAUGAAGAGGAGGAAGAAAAUGCUGCCCCUCAACCAGUAGUCGAGACACCAACUGAGAAACUGGACCAGAAGGAGGAGGAGGAGGAAGCACCCCCCCAUGAGCUGACAGAGGAGGAAAAACUCCAGAUCCUGCACUCAGAGGAGUUUGUGAAUUUCUUUGACCACAGCACUCGUAUUAUUGAGCGAGCUCUAUCAGAGCACGUGGACCUCUUCUUUGACUACAGUGGCCGUGACCUGGAGGAGAAGGAGGGUGAAAUCCAGGCCGGAGCAAAGCUCUCUCUGAACAGGCAGUUCAUGGAUGAGCGCUGGUCUAAACAUCGUGUCGUCACCUGCCUCGACUGGUCCCCCCAGUAUCCUGAACUCCUGGUUGCCUCAUACAACAACAACGAGGAUGCACCUCAUGAGCCAGAUGGCGUGGCUUUAGUGUGGAAUAUGAAGUACAAGAAAGCUACACCGGAGUAUGUCUUUCAUUGCCAGUCUGCCGUAAUGUCGGCUGCGUUUGCCAAGUUCCACCCUAAUGUUGUGGUGGCGGGCACAUACUCAGGACAGAUUGUCCUGUGGGACAAUAGGAGCAACAAGAGGACCCCAGUACAAAGGACUCCCCUGUCAGCAGCAGCACACACGCAUCCGGUUUACUGUGUGAAUGUGGUCGGCACCCAGAAUGCCCACAACCUGAUUAGCAUCUCCACUGACGGCAAGAUGUGCUCAUGGAGUCUGGACAUGCUUUCACAGCCACAGGACAGCUUGGAGCUAGUGUUCAAGCAGUCCAAAGCUGUGGCUGUCACCUCCAUGUCUUUCCCUCUCGGAGAUGUCAACAAUUUCGUGGUGGGCAGCGAGGACGGCUCUGUCUACAUGGCCUGUCGUCAUGGAAGCAAAGCAGGCAUCAGUGAGAUGUUUGAGGGCCACCAUGGGCCCAUCACAGGGAUCCACUGCCACACAGCUGCAGGACCUCUGGACUUCUCCCACCUGUUUGUCACCUCCUCUUUCGACUGGACGGUCAAGCUGUGGAGCACUAAGAACAACAAACCCCUGUAUUCGUUUGAGGACAACUCGGAUUACGUGUACGAUGUCAUGUGGUCUCCGACUCACCCCGCUCUGUUUGCUUGUGUGGACGGAGUCGGACAUCUCGACCUGUGGAACCUCAACAAUGACACCGAGGUCCCUACCGCCAGCAUCACAGUAGAUGGUAACCCAGCACUCAACAGGGUCAGAUGGGCUCAGUCUGGCAGGGAAAUUGCUGUGGGAGACUCUGAUGGCCAAAUUCUUGUGUACGAUGUUGGAGAGCAAAUUGCCAUUCCACGAAACGAUGAGUGGACCCGUUUUGUUCGCACGUUGACAGACAUCAACGAGAACAGGGAUGAUGCAGAGGAGCUGGCAGCUCAGCGCCUCGCUGCCUGAUCUUGUUAACAUGGGACCAGUGUUGUGCUCCUUAAUUUUAAUUGAAGAAAAAGAUGUGAUGACAGCAUAACUGGAGGAAAAGGUGAAGUUUUGAUCACAAAGAAGUAUGGACAUCUUUUGCUUUCUUACACCUUUAGUUUGGACAACUCUGCCUUCUCAGUUAGCUUUACCGUCACCAGUCUUCCUUGAAGUAAAGCAAGUGACAGGACUGUCAACCUCAGACGCUAACAUGAAGCCAUAUUCACAAACACAAACAGUCCUCUUUUCUAUAACCAGAUGCCUUAAGGUUUAAUUUGAAUCUUGAUUGUAAAACCCCUACUUGUCUUUAUUUACAGCACAUUAACACGAGCCUUAAUUUUGAGUUACUGUAGGUACUCCACUCUGCAUAUUCAUUAAAAACACUCAAACCUGUUCUCCAUUUCUACCAAAGUUGUAGCAAAGCAAUCACAUCUUUGAAGAUCCAGGAAUGUAAACAUCUCACAGCUGUAGCCCAUGUUGUCAUCUCUGUUCCCUUUGACUUGAUUACCCCAAAUGUUCACUUAUUUGUAUAAUACUGGAAUGUCCAAGAUCCACAUGUCUUUCUACUUUAUACUGUAUACUGCAUCAGAUUCCACUUAAUCAGUGCAGCUGACUAGACUUAAGAUAGCUGGAAUAUCGUCAAUGCUGUAACUGCUCAGUGAUUUCCAGAUCUGUGAUGAACGUUAAUGGGAUCAGAACAGAGAUCAUUUGUUUCCACAAGAAUCUCAAAGCUUGGUGUCAAACCUGAGACUGUACUUUUCACACAGUAGAAACAAACAGUUUGAAUGAUUUAUUUCAAUAAAAUACAAUAAAUACAUUUAAAUUA